AGAAAAAAUAUCCUUUUUUGGGUUUUUGAAGGCAAAAUAUAUAUAUUAUGAGAAUGAGUUGCAAUGGGUGUCGUAUUCUUCGUAAAGGAUGUAGCGAUGACUGUAUAAUUAGACCUUGUCUUCAAUGGAUACCCUCCGCUGAUUCUCAAGCCAACGCCACCAUUUUUCUCGCCAAAUUUUACGGCCGCGCCGGCCUCUUCAACCUCAUCUCCGCCGCCGCCCAACCCCUCCGCCCUGCCAUUUUCAAGUCGUUGCUGUACGAGGCGUGUGGUCGGAUGGUGAAUCCUGUGUACGGUUCUGUCGGUUUGCUCUACUCCGGCGACUGGGAACGGUGUCAGGCCGCCGUCGACGCCGUGUUGAACGGAUCCAUGAACGUCGAACCCGAUGUGCCGCCGUCAAACAACGGUAACCUUUCCCUCAAAUGCUGCGACAUUCGCCAUGUUUGUAACGAACCCAAUUUGGCUGCUUCCGGCGAGCUUCUCAAGGUCAAGGCUCGGAGCCGGUUCAAGAAGCCUGACAACCGGACCAAACUCAAAAUCGGACCGGCUCCUGACUUGGGAAUUGGGUCUAGUUUUGAGGGAUCGAGCCGGGUUCUGAGCAAUGGAAACCGGGUUGAGAAAGUGAACGUUGAGCUGGAAUUGACUCUUAAAUCGGCUCAGUAAAGGAAGAAAAAUAAAAGGGAGGUGAAAAUUAAAAAAAAAAAAAAAAAAAAAAAGAGUUAAAAAAAUAUAAUUAGGAAAAAGCAUUGGAUUGUGGACAGAUGUUGAUGUGAAGAAGUUGAGGCCUAUGUAUGUGUAUCCCAUGCACAAGGCAGUUAUUCCCAUUUACUGUGCCCUCCAAUUUUUAUUGUAAAAAUAAUAAUAAUACUAAACUUAUAU